GCGCCUCGGCUCCUCAGGUGGAUGAUGACGUUUUACGCACGGCGGGUUUUUCUGUCCUGAUCCCUUCAGACCAAAAACAUUUUCAAAAGAUGCCUUUUCCUCCGAUCAGCCUCCAGCAGAGGAUCUCCUCUCCCGGCCGGGACCUGUUUGGGAAGAAGAAAGCCACAGGGGAGCCCCCACAGACUGAACGAACCCGCAGAGCUGCCGGUUCCGACAGGGACAAACAGCCCACUUCUUGGGCAUCUGCCAACUUACGGCACUUGGGGCGCAAAGCGCAGCUGGAGAAGAAGAGCCCAGCUCAAAAACCCUCAUCUGGACAAGAGACUCAGGAAAAAGGCUCCUCCUGGCUGUCGGUGCCCAAAGCUCAGGAUUCACACCGAGGAGUCCGGCGCUCCAGCUCCAUGGACUCCGCCAGACACCUCCAGGGAAAAGAGGAGGAGAGGAAGGAGCUUCAGUUCACGCUCAGCCUCACCCCGGAAGCCAUCCUCGUCAUCCAAAAACGGAACCAGGAGAAGCAGAUGAUGGCCAAGCAGCAGAAGUGCUGCGCCUCCGCGGACUUUCGGCACCGGCGCGUUUUCCCGUCCAAAAAGACGCACGGAGGCUCCAAGUGCUGCGCGCCCGGCGCCAAAGGCGAGGCCGCGGAGCAGGACAUCACCGCCAUCGUGAAGAUCUCUCUGCUCAACGAGCAGCACAAGUACGACGACGUGGAGUACGAGGAGGAGGACGGGGACGUGGACGAGACGGUGGUGAGGAAAUGUAAGGAGUGGCUGAAGGGCGUGGAGAGCGCGGCUGCUUUGGGAAAAGUGGACAAACUUUCGGCACUUUCGCACCUUAAAGGCUGCUGA